AUGGCAUCUGUUCUGACUGUUGGUCUUGGAGUCGGUGUGGCCGCCUUUUUGGGCCGUGCCGGUCUCGUUGCCUAUCGUCGGUCUCAGGGCGGCGUGAACGCCGCUGGCAAGGCUUUCUACAAAGGUGGCUUUGAACCGCGCAUGACUCGCCGCGAGGCCUCCCUCAUCCUUGAGCUUCCAGAGCGGAAAUUGAACAAGGACAAGAUUCGCAAGAAGCACCGUCAACUUAUGCUUCUCAACCAUCCCGAUCGUGGCGGCAGCCCGUACCUGGCCACCAAAAUCAACGAAGCCAAGGAGUUCCUCGAUAAACACUCCUGA